CUCUAGAGGGCGAACCAGAGGCUAAACUGCCCAGACAACACGAGAGUUAAUGCAUGGGAUAACGGCCGGCACAGGUCGUGCUGACAGAUGACCCGUCGGAGAGGCAGGCGGGGCAACCGGACUGGGGGUGCUAACAACCCCACAGGUCAACCGGCUGCGCCACCGGCUACGCCUCGGAACCAGCCUGGGAGCUAUGUUACACCCGGAAGAGGGGGUACGCAGCCAGCAUGGGACCUUCGUCAGGUUACGGGAGGCACGCUAACCCCGCGUACUCCAGUGGUCGACAACUCAGGGGGAGACGUACCAAGUGAAGGUCCACGGAUCGGGAGCAGGAGGGAGGGCAACCUAACCACUGAGGUGCGCACCCCCCCCGCCGCGNGGAUCGGGAGCAGGAGAGAGGGCAACCUAACCACUGAGGUGCGGCCCCCCCCCCGCCGCGACAAAGCGCGACGCGAGAGAUUCCGGUGCACGCGUCCGUCGGACGGGAGGAAAAUCCCGGUCGGGCAGGAAGCGCAGGAAGAGGCCUUCUGUUGGUGUCACGGGGCGAGGCGAGGAGGGAGGCAUCGGCCCAUAAAGCUCGCGCGAUUGCCGAAGACGAACGGCGAAAAGCAGAGUCCGCGGGGAAUCACCCCGUUGAUCCUCGGCGUAGGAGUCACGGCGGAAACCCAACACAAGCCGGUUAUCAGCCUGGAAAGCGGCAUGCGGGUAGGAGACUUUCUGCCCCAGCGGUGCUAUCUGGCGAGCAGUAGACUUCGUGUCCGUGUGGACACAAGGAGAGAAAAUCGUCCGGGCCAUAAUUGCAUGCAUCGAGGAGUCUGGGACUUCACGCUUGGUCAAUCACGAACGUUCCUGGAGUCGGGCUGUGACUAUCUCCCGGCAAUUUCCGGGCUGCCGUUCGACAAGAUGUGGGUACUGGCCCUCAAGAGCGUGCGGACGGAGGGUUUGUUUGACAAGCCGCUGUUGCUCGAGGAGCAGGAUGGCACGUGGGCCGUGCAUGUCGACGAAUGCGCGAAGCUUUUGGCGACCAUAUUCUUCUACAAGGAUGAAGCGGCGUUUGGCACUGCUCAUUUGACUCCAGCCCAGCUGGUCGAAAGCGUUGACGGCGACGUCGAGGGCUGCGUGAACGUGAUCCGCUACGCCAUCCUCCAACUCCCCAAGAAGAAGACGACAGCCACCUAUCCAUAUUUUUUUUCCUUGCGCAAGCAGGUAGAACGAGGUAACGCCAUCUUCCGAUUUGCCGGCAAAGGAUGGAGCGUCGACCCACGAGGAAAGGGGAGCGACGGCGACGAACUCACAAAGGAGAACUGCGUGCUUGACCUGUCCGAGUAUGCUUACAUCGCCCCUGACCGAAAGACAGUCACGCUUGCGCGUGGUUGUAACCCGGACACGGCCCUGUGCAACAGUGUUGCCAAUGCCAUGGCACUCUUUACCGCCUCUAUGAGGCAGCAGGAAUCGCAUGGAGCGGAACAGAACGACGUGGAGGCGGGGACCCCCGAGUCGCCUGCGAGCGAGGACGUUUCCGCCGGCGAGGCCGCGGAACAUAAGAGCGCAGAGGUAGAGGACCCCGAGUCGGACGAGAACGGUGACGGUUCCGUCGGUGCACUCGAUGAUUUGAUCAAGUUGGAUUCGAGCGAUGGGGCACCUGACGGGGUGAGCGAGGAGAGCGUCGACUCCAACUGGAGUGACGGAGACACAGAUGAUGGGGUUGCGGAUCUCGUAGCCGACACCUGGAACUGAGAUCUGGCUACUUCUUCAGGCAGGGAAGUGGACGGGGGGGAUUAUUUUUCGACCGCGCUGGGUGUCCUUUGUUUAUUGGCAUAGUUUUUUGUUAGUCGCAAACUGCCUGAAAGGUGUGGGCAACCCGAGGGAGGCAGUCUUGUGUGCGGUGUUCGUGUGCACAAGUGUGUGCGGUGCAACCCUNUGUCUGCGUGCGACGUCAGAUAGCACAAGGUCAUCAGUGAUCAAGUUCCCUGUUAGUGUAGCUGCCGUGAUAGUGUCGCUACUUCAUCCUCUCAUAAGUUUUUCUCCGGGAUUCCGGAGAGUUGUACUGCUGGGUGAGGGCCCCGAGUCAACAGGCACAAGUGUGUGCGGUGCAACCCUGCAGCAGGAGAGGGGGGCACCCCAACAGCAAUUUCAGUUCAAAUCUAGCUGACGCCAUUCAAGAGUACUCCACGUGUAGUACGUCUUGCAGCACAAUUCCAAGUGCUGUACAACCGCAAGAUCAGCAGCUAACGUUACCAAUGGUCGGUGUUGCCGGCGGCGUGGCAGAGAAUAAGUAUGGUGCCUGUAUGUUAAUGCAAGUUUUCAACUUCAUCUGUGUCUAUCUUUUGAUUCCCGCCACUAAUCAAGUUCAACCUUUCUGCAAUACACUCUAUGGUGCUCAGUCCAUCUUCCCUCAAAAGUUAGUGGCGAUUGAUGCUGUAGUGGGCGCGUUCUUGUGCUUGGUGGCUUUGGCGGGUGCACAGCAGGGUGGUUGCGCCGCGUAGAUACGAGUCUCACAUUUUUUUAGGGGAGGGGCUGCGUGUUGCGCCGACAAGUUUGAAGCCUACAGUGGACAGAAUUUGGCAAAUCUUGGUUCCCUGGAUAGCUAAUGGAGUAGUCUACUGCUGUAAACCUAUAGCCUUGGGUGGAUGUACGCCGGUCUGGCUGCUCUUCUGUGUAGGACGAUAAUUUUUGUUCCUCCGCCAUCUCUUUUUUUUUUUCAGUCG